CCCUCCUCUCUCUCUCUCUCCUCUUCUCUCUCUCUGUUCUCUCCCUCCUCUCUCUCUUUCUCUCCUUCUCUCUCUCUCUUUCCUUCUCUCUCUCUCUCACUCCCUCCUCUCUCUCCUCCCUCACUAAAGGUGACCGGAGAGCCGGGAUCAGCGCUCACUAUUUAAGCUGUUCAGGUUGCGCGGCAGCGGGCGGGAAGACCGGCUUGACGCAGACCAGGUCCGGACACUGCGUCUGCAGGAACAGGCUGAGAGGGGUGCUGGAGGGGGGGGUCUGUGUAUUGACAUCUAGGAUGCUGGGAGCCUGUAUGUGCCAGCCUCUUCUCUUCAGGUGAACUCCUCGCCUACAAGCGGGUUUUUUUUUUCUUCCUGCGCGGCUGAUUUUUCCUCCAGACCCGCGCUGUCUCACCUCGACACCGACGCUUGGAUGUUGGUGAAACGACGCGCAUGCGUUGCUGUUGGAAUAAUUUUACAGUGUGAAUCUGAAUCCCUGAAACCUGGUGUCAAAGUCGUCGGAGGGGUCGGAGUAGGUAGUGAUGUGGACUACUGUGGAGCGCGGAUUCUUGGGGGUGUUAUGCUUGUCCCUCCUGGUGGCGGUGGUCUGCGGGGCGCAGAGCGCCAAUGAACCCAGCAACAUGUCCUACGUGAAAGCCACCGUGGACAAGCUGCUGAAGGGCUACGACAUCCGGCUGCGGCCUGAUUUCGGAGGCGCCCCCGUGGACGUUGGCAUGAGCAUAGACAUCGCCAGUAUUGACAUGGUGUCUGAAGUCAACAUGGACUACACCAUCACCAUGUACUUCCAGCAGUCCUGGAGAGACAAGCGUCUGUCCUACACAGGCAUUCCUCUCAACCUCACCCUGGACAACCGAGUGGCAGACCAGCUGUGGGUCCCUGACACCUACUUCAUCAAUGACAAAAAGUCCUUCGUCCACGGGGUGACCGUGAAGAACCGGAUGAUCAGACUGCACCCUGAUGGAACUGUGCUCUAUGGACUGAGGAUCACCACGACAGCUGCCUGCAUGAUGGACCUGCGCAGAUACCCUCUGGAUGAGCAGAACUGUACCCUGGAGAUAGAGAGCUAUGGAUACACCACUGACGACAUCGAGUUCUACUGGCAGGGAGGAAGCAACGGAGGCUCUGUCACCGGGGUGGAGAACAUCGAACUGCCCCAGUUCUCCAUCAUAGACUACCAAACCCUGUCCAAGAAAGCUGUGUUUGCCACAGGCUCAUAUCCACGUCUGUCACUGAGCUUUAAGCUGAAGAGGAACAUUGGCUAUUUCAUCCUGCAAACCUACAUGCCCUCCACCCUGAUCACCAUCCUGUCCUGGGUGUCCUUCUGGAUCAACUAUGACGCUUCGGCUGCUAGAGUCGCCUUAGGUAUAACCACGGUGCUGACCAUGACCACUAUCAAUACCCACCUAAGGGAGACACUGCCCAAGAUCCCCUACGUCAAGGCCAUUGACAUUUACCUCAUGGGUUGCUUUGUCUUUGUCUUUCUGGCCCUGCUGGAGUACGCCUUUGUCAACUACAUCUUCUUUGGCCGUGGUCCUCACCUGCAGAAGAGGGUUGCAGAGAAGGCUGCCAAGUCCAACAAUGAGAAUAAGAGCAGACUGGAGAGCAACAAAGUGCAGGUUGAUGCUCAUGGCAACAUCCUCCUGACCAACCUAACCAGUGAGAUGGGUGGGGCAGAUAUGAUGGGCGCUCUCAACGACCCUCGGGCUACCAUGUUCUCGUACGACAGUGCCAGCAUACAGUACCGCAAGCCAAUGGCCAGCCGAGACCUGUACGGACGUCCGGCCCUCGACCGGCCAAUAGGCCAUAAGAAGGGCCGCUUGAGGAGACGGGCCUCGCAGCUCAAAGUCAAGAUCCCCGACCUCACAGAUGUCAACGCCAUAGACAAAUGGUCCCGUGUCGUCUUCCCAAUCGCAUUCACCUUCUUCAACCUGGUCUACUGGCUUUACUAUGUCCACUAGGGCGGCAGCAGUGAGCCUGUGUAGCAGCACCACUGCUAGUGAUUUGAAAAGCUACCUAGGUCUUGUACAGCCAUUUAUAUAAAUUCUGUUUUGGAACGAGUAGUACUGGAUGUCUUUACAAUGUAAAUACAAUUUACUACAUAUAUGUAUAUAUAUAUAUAAACACUGUGGGGUCCAAAAGUCGGAGACCACUUUAGGACCCCACUGGAAACAUAUAUAUAUAUAUGUGUGUGUGUGUGUAUAUAUAUAUAAAACAGAGGUAUAAUUUCUAAAAAAUUCUAUCACUUUUACUGUACUCAUCCAUAAAAAAUAGAUAUAGAGAAAAAUAAUAAGACACAGUAGAGGUAUGGUAUUUCUAAGUCCAAGCUUGCCAAAAAGACUUUGGUGACCCCAACAUUAUGGGCAAUGAUCUUCAUUUGUUCUCUCUCUUUUUCUGACCUUCUGUUAUCUCACUUUUUGCAUGUGAAUGGAACACAACUUUAAUUUGCUUUUAAGGUAACAAAAAAAAAAAAAAGCAAGACACAGAAGCCCAGUGCAAAAACAGUGGGUAACUGAAGCAGUUUUCACUUGAUCUUGUGAUUGAAGCUCAUCCAGCUAAUAAACAGAAGACAUUGGGUGAAUGCCAUCAUAAUAAGGUAGUCCUCCUUUGGUUUAAGCUCCGUGCCCUGACUGCGGUAUUUUUUGUGGUGUUGGGUAAGUAACGUUGUGUUGAAAUCCUUCUCUGACAGCCAUCUGUGAGCUAACAAACAUGUUACAUUGCUUUUCAUGAAUGACAUGAUUUUCUUAGGACUGUGCUGAGUGCAUGUGCACUGUAAACCAAAUUCAGUUUCCUUUCAUAUCUAUAAAAAAAAAAAAAAGCUUUGCAUGGCUCUACUGGGCCACUGUAUUAUAAUCAUUAUACUGUAUGCUUUUGAACAAUCAUUGCAUUUAAGAUAAGCACAGGGCAGAUGUUAAUUGGAACUCCACUAAUCUAAAAAAAUAAAAUGUUGUCAGAUUUGUACCCACAGUAUUCUCACAGUGUCUGUGAGCAUGUACAAUGCAAUUUUCUUUAAAAGAAAUCAGGUAAAGAAUGACCAAUGAUGUCACCACACUUUCAAAACCACAUUCAAAAUGUCAAGCCCUGAUAAAACACGCUGCUGGGGUUGAAAUGCCUGGUGCCACUGUCCUUUUACCAUUACAGACUAUUAUUGAACAUUUUUGACAGAUACCUGAAGUUAUACUGUACAUUAUUGUUGUUAGAAUUAAUAUGUUAGAUAGUUAAAAGGCCUGCAGGAGGUCAAUAUCUGGUUAUUAUCAAGGCCUGCGGAUCAAUUUUAUCUCCCAACUCCAAUCCCACAUUCAGAGUCCAAAUACAGUUUAGAAGAGAAACUAGUGGUGAAGACAGAAGAGCAGGUAUGACCAACAAUUCACAUCAUACUAAGUGUAUGUAGUGGCCAACCCGGUGGUCCUAGAAAUUACAUCCAUACUGGACAAUUCUUCCCCUCUCAAAUUAUGUUCAGUACCAAUGCUGGAAGUAGUGUGUCCUUUACAGUACACAGAUGGAAAGUAAGGGUGUAUUCUGUCACAGACCUGCAAUUAAUAUUUGUCUUUCUAUCAGUCCUAACUAUGAUCUGCCCCAAAUCUAAUUGUGAAUUAUACAAUGACAGUCAGGUGAAAGGGAGCCCAGUAGAGUGCAGACACAUGCUUCAGGGAACAACAAGUGUGGCAGUCCUUACAGUAUCUUGCAUUUAACCUAAUGUCUGCAGUUUAUAGAUGAUGAUUUUUUGGGGGGAUACUGGAUCAUUUGAACAUUUAUUGAAAAGAAACCACAAGAGAAGAUUAGAGGGAAUUUCCAUGGCACAAGAUGUGGUUAAGAUUAGGAAAAGACUGUGGUUAUGGCAAAUGGUUAAAAUACUGCAUGUGUUGGCCACGACAACUAAAACACUUGGUCAACAUGGUCAACUUGCUUAUCCACCACUCUUUAGAUCUUUAUCUUAACUUUCAACCUGGACCCAUGAAGGACACCACCUCCUGCAUCAGCACUGAACUUUGAGAAAUUGUACAAUAUAGGUGUCAUUUUUAGGGAUACACAGGUCGUGUCACGCUUCACCUGCGGUAAACUGUUUGUAUAACUCUUUGUUGUGGCCAGAAUCACCUGGGAUCUCCCACAUUCUGGAUCUAAGCAGCCCCGCCUCAGUCUACCCUCCAAUCUGGUUUCUCUGUGUUCUGACUCUGUCAUGGUCAUAACUGUGAAGCUGUGAAGUCUUAGUGACAAACAACUUUGUUGAGCAUAAAGGUCGCUCUCUGUCAUUUGCUCAGUUGUAAAGUAAACAUGGAACUGGAGAUGCUGGUUUUUCACGGACAUGCAGAUAGUGAAGGAGAGAUCUCUUAUGUGUUUUUUGUUUCCACUUUAUGACAACUUGGAACCUGUGUUCAAGCUUUGACCAUCAUUUCUAUCAGUUGUACUCUGUGUUCACUAAAGAUCCAAGUUAAGAUCGCAGCAACAAACAGACAGGAAGAGACAAGAGCAGUCAGACAGGUCGUAAACAAACUAACUGUUACUGAGGUCGUACCUGCAGUGUUGAUAAUAAGAAAAAAAACAAGUGGCUAUUUUCCAAAGUUAAUCUUUGGACACCACACCGUGUUCAAACUUUCCAAAAUGUUAUUACUGAUAGAAAUGAUGGUCAGAACGACAAAGUUGUAAUAAACCAGAAACCUCCUUCAUUGGAAUAUAUAUAGAAGAUAUGUAGUCAAUAAAAGUCAAUAAAAACAAUCAGAUGUAAACUCUAAGUAUCUGAGGUGAUACCUUUUCUCUCCCUCAUGGAUUGCCCAGGUGAGGACAUGUUGCAGUACGACCGCAGACGCAUGUCUUAUCAGGGCUGUAAACUAAAACAGCAGCAAACAGACAGGCUUGUACAGGAUACAAUAGCAGUGUGCUCUUUUCUCAUGGCUGAAUAUUGUGCCUUUACCGAGAAUCUCAAUAUUUUCACAGGGUUUAACUUAACUUCUAUCUAGUGAGUAGACUUUAAAGCGAAUCAUCUUGUACUUUUUUUAGAUGAAGAAGAACCAGGAGUACCAGAAACAGACGUGGACACUUUAAGCUAUUUUCUGAGGCUCUGACGUACAGUACCAUUAUCUAAGCGUAGAUUGUAGUAAGACAUUCCAGCAUUACGAUGACAAUCUUUUGAAUUCAGUCUCCUGCGAGUCUCCUCCAUGCUGUCAGUGUUGGUGUUUGUGGACAGAGCGGACAGACAGGAGGUGAAGAAAAGAAACAGCUGGUCUUUUUUCACAGCGGACGGGCACACGUGUCCUGUGGACUGAAGAGCUAACGGAGCUAAUGGAACAGCUUGAACAGCUGGUUUGCCCACAGGCUGUGGACAUGGAGGACAUGUGCUGGACUCUUAUUGUGUAAAAUUACUGUACAAUUUUUCUCUCAUGCUCUAUAUGUGCUCUCAAGUGGAACGGGAGGUGGGUGUGUUUGUGGUGUGUGUGUGUGUGUCUUGCUGCUUGUCUUUAGACAAACAAAGAUACUGUACAGGAGUGUGGAUGUAUGUGUGUGAGAGAGAGAGAGAGAGAGAGGGACAGAGGGAGAGCGAGCAUAUGGACACGUGUGAGAGGGAGAAAACACAAAAUAAAAUUCUUUGUGUCAACUUAUAGAGACUUCAAAGAAUAGAGUUUAAAUAAAACUGCUGACAUCUCUACCAA